AUGGAGGCACUAUCGCCAAGGUCAACCAACAUCCAGGCCAGACCAAAACUCAGCAAGCUGAAAGAGAAAGAGCUGGCCGAUGAAGAAGCAAAAAGGGCAGAGGCAGCGAAGAAAGCAUUGAAGGAGAAAGACUAUGCGCCCGCACCGCCAGAAUGGGUUCUUCAGCCUCCCAUUAAUAAGGGUGGGUUGGCUGAGAAGUUCAGGACCGGAAAGUGUUUAGGGAAAGGAGGCUUUGCGAUCUGUUACGAAGGCGAGUUACGCAAUAAGGGUAGAGGGGCAGGCAAGACCAUAUUCGCUCUCAAGAUUGUCAAGACUUACAUGAGCCUGAAGAAGAUGGAGGACAAAUUUCGAACAGAGCUCCAAAUCCAUGCGAAGAUGCGGCAUCCAAACAUUGUCGAAUUUCACCGCGCCUUCACUUUCAAAGAUAGCACCUACGUCGUGCUUGAGCUUUGCUCCAAUGGAUCGAUAAUGGACAUGGUCAAGAAGAGAAGAUGCUUGACCCUGCCGGAGGUGCGACGGUUGACUGUUCAGCUUUGCGGAGCAAUCAAAUACAUGCACGCCCGGAACGUUAUACAUCGAGACUUGAAGAUGGGAAAUCUUUUUUUGGACCACGACAUGAACCUCAAGAUCGGGGACUUCGGUCUGGCAGCAGUGCUGGUAAGCAAGCACGAGUACCAAGGCCUAUACGACCAGAAGUCUAGGAGGACUACAUUAUGUGGAACGCCCAAUUACAUUGCACCUGAAAUCUUGGAGAAGGGAAGGGGUGGACACGAUCACAAGGUAGACAUAUGGGCAAUUGGAGUCAUUAUGUUUGCAAUGCUCGUUGGCCAGCCGCCAUUCCAAGCAGCUUCCCAAAACGAGAUUUAUCGGAAGGCCCGGGGUGUGGAGUACGACUGGCCGGAGAAGAACAAGCACUUCAAUGACAUACCCGAGGAAGCAAAAGACCUAGUUGCUCGGCUGCUGAAAGUAGAUGCGGAAGAACGUCCUGAUCCAGAUCAGGUUGUCGGCCAUCCUUUCUUCUCGAUGCACGGUGGCGACGCAAUGCCCAUGGUAAUGGAGGAAUACUUCUGCCGUGAAUUCCCGCAUUACCUUGAUAGAAAAACCUCUCCUCGUGGAGAUGUUAUGCUGAAGGGUACCGAACGCUUGAGUCUAAGAGCUCUCGCAAGACAGUGUGGUGUGGGAUGUUUACCCGGCGACCGUGAGCCUCAAGUAGCGGUUGGUGGGGAUGUUGAUCUGUCUCUGUACAAGGAGUGCCAGGCAGAAGAAGACUCUGGGAACGCGCCCGUCGUACCAUUGCCCAAAGACAUGGUGUACACUUCCAAGUUCGCAUCAUCAAGCUCGCCAAACUCAGAAGCCAACGAUUCCAGCCAAUCAACUUUGAUCAACUCGCACGUCAUGGAAGACGUAGACACGUCUCGAUCGUCCGCGGCCAUAUCUCAAUCGUCCACCGCUGUGGCAGAGACCAUGAGUAAUCGCUCAGUGCCUGAGCGACCACGAAGAGCUCUUAUUCCAAGUCAUGCUGCUACUCUCCGUGCUGCUCAUGUCAGCUCUGGAACCCAGUUGAAGCAGAUCUUGGAGCAUGCCGGUCCAAAUGACAGCUCCGUGCGCACCAAGGCUUCGGCUAAUGCUUCUGUCCGUGCACGACGAGGACUAUUGAACGAGCUGCCCGUUCGUCCCACCCUCAACGCAUCCAGUGCGGGGGGUCUCGAAGCAAAAGCACUAGCCCGGAACCCUAGAGCUACUCGAGCGAAGAAAGUCCACGUACUGGAUGAAGAAACGGUAGACCCGCCAGUGGCACCGAAAGCUCGCAGACCGCCAACCAAGGAUCACUGUGUUGAUCACGCAUACUCAAACCCCGAUGUGAAAACACAUGACAUGGCUGCCCGAUCAAGAGCCAGAAUCGCAUCAAACGUGCAGAAAGAGAUGGCUGAUGUCGUGCCCCUCACCAGGACAAUGUCCUCAGAGAUGACAUCGAAUCGCGCCAGGAAGCGGUCUGAUAGCCCAAGGCCAGAAAAUGCACUCAUUGGACCCGAUGAGGUACUGGAAUGCCUUCCCGAAUCUAAGCCGGACGAUGUUCUUCGUCAAUUGCAAAGACUUCAUAAUGAGCUUGAGAUAAGCUUGAAAGAAUUGACUAGGGGCAAAGCUCAUUCCCAACUUGAAGACUUCGAUGUUAGAAGCCAGAACUUCAAGCAACGCCCAGUGGUCGUGAAGUGGGUCGACUACACCAAUAAAUUUGGCAUCGGCUACAUCCUGGCUAAUGGCACCGUCGGCUGCGUCUUCAAAGGCGAUGAAACCAGCAAUCCAACCUGCGUCGUUGUCGCAGGAGCGGAAGACCACUUGAAGAAGCGCAACGUAGCAAAGUAUCGCGAAAAAAAGCAAAUGGUUCACGCAAGAGGUGCACCGAUUGAGUUUAUCGAGAACUGCGGCCUGGAUGGUCUCAAGCGUGUCCUGGUUCCGGCGUCUCAAUAUCAGGUCCCGGUGAGCGAUGCUGGUGUUGCAGAUAAACUUGCCCCUGGACGCGACAUCCACGAUUAUGAGAAAAGAAGGAAGCUUUGUCUUUGGGACAAAUUCGGCAAAUACAUGACGCAAAGCCUCGGAAAGAGCGAAGAGAUAGACGUAAACUCGCCCGAAGAGGCGGACUCGAGCAGGUCGAGACGUAACAAUGUUGCAGGCCCAUUCGUGAAGUUCUACCAGCGUCUAGGCAAUGUAGGCAUUUGGGGCUUCGGCGACGGAUCAUUCCAAUUCAACUUUCCAGAUCACACCAAAAUUGUCGUCUCCGGCGAUGGAACAUGGCUCGACUUCUACCACCUCCCCAUUCAAGCGGCGAAGGCUCUCAAAACCGGACGAAUUCUAGAAGCAGGAGCACUGGCUGCUCGAAGCGUCCUCUGCUACCCUACAAGCGUCAUGCUGAGCGGCUCCUAUCGCGGUCACGAGUUCAAAGAACUGGUCAGAGAGAACGAACUCGAUGCUAAGACGGCGUUUGUGAGGGAUGUCGUGGGCCUCUGGGCUAAAGAGGGUGGUUUGGGCUGUAUGGGGAGGAAGGAGGGUGUCAAGUGGGAGGGAAUGUUGGAGGAAGGUGGAAAGUUGGUAUGGGUUACAGUUGGUGCGAAGGGUGGGGAUACGAGAUAUGAGAUGCCUGCUACAGGAACUUGA